ACGCACGCGCAUGCGCCCUUUAAAAAAACCGAGACCCUCCAGCGGCGAGGUCGAGUCGAGGGUGGGAAGAUGGUGAAGUUGACGGCGGAGCUGAUCGAGCAGGCGGCGCAGUAUACCAACGCCGUGCGGGACCGGGAGUUGGACCUGCGCGGAUAUAAAAUCCCUGUGAUAGAAAACCUGGGUGCCACCUUGGACCAGUUCGAUGCUAUUGAUUUCUCUGACAACGAAAUCCGAAAGUUAGAUGGAUUUCCUUUGCUGAGAAGGCUGAAAACGUUGCUGAUGAAUAAUAACAGAUUAAGCCGAAUCGGUGAAGGCCUUGAGCAGUCUUUGCCACAUCUCAAGGAACUUGUCCUCACUAACAAUAGCAUAAUGGAGUUGGGAGAUCUGGAUCCUUUGGCAACUAUCAAGUCAUUGACUUACCUGAGUAUUUUGAGGAAUCCGGUGACAAAUAAGAAACAUUAUAGGUUGUAUGUGAUCUACAAGGUUCCACAAGUCAGAGUGCUGGAUUUCCAAAAAGUGAAGUUAAAAGAGCGUCAGGAGGCAGAGAAAAUGUUCAAGGGCAAGCGGGGUGCACAGCUUGCAAAGGAUAUUGCCAGGAGAGCAAAAACUUUCAACCCAGGUGCUGGUUUGCCAGCUGACAAAAAGAAGGCUGGUCCAUCGCCAGGAGAUGUGGAGGCUAUCAAGAAUGCCAUUGCUAAUGCCACAACACUGGCUGAAGUAGAGAGGCUCAAGGGUUUGCUGCAAGCUGGCCAGAUACCCGGAAGGGACCGUAAAGGAGGCCCUUCAGAUGAGGCAGAAGAAGAGAUGGAGGAAGACACCGUUGCCAAUGGAUCGUAAAAGGGCUUUCCAUGUCGGGAUAGCCCACAUGAUGCUAUUGUACUAUCGUCCAUUUGUCAAAAUGUUUUGGUUUAUUGCUGAGAAGAUUUUGUUUUGUUUUUGUUUGGAAGCACUCUUGAGAAAUGUGAGCAGCAGUUUGUAAAUUUUAUACUGUACAUUUUCAAGUAAAAUAAACGUGUUGGUUUUUUUUAAUGCA